AUGGUAAAAAUAGGAUUACAAGUGAAAGCUACGUUGGAAAAUAUCGAAGAAGUGAAAGCGUCGGGGAGAGAAUUCAGAUGGUAUCUGAAGUUUACUUGCUGCAACUGUGGCGAAGUAUCGGAGAAAUGGAAUUACGUGUCAUUGAGCGAGUCUAUUCCAGCUCAAAGGGGGAACGCGGUGAGUCACUUUGCGAGCAAGUGCAAGCUCUGUUCCCGCGAAAAUUCCAUGACCAUCCUGGAGGAUUCCGUCAAAUCGUUUCUCGCGAACGAUCAGAACAAGUUUCAGACGAUAGCGAUAUUCGAUUGUCGAGGCCUCGAGCCGAACGAUUUCUCGGCAAGAGAAGGAUGGAUCGCUAAAACGAUAAACGGCGGGAAGGAGUUCACGGACGUAGAUUUAAGCGACGGAGAAUGGGCCGAUUAUUGCGACAAGAUUAAAGAACCUGUCGGGAUUUACGAAAUCGAGCACAGGUUUGAGAGAGUUAAGUAAGACAAAUUUUUAAGUUUUUACUGCAGCGUGAUGGAAAAUUCGACGAGAACGUAG